AUGAAACAAAUGUAAGAAAAAUUUUUGCAAACUCAAAUAGAAAAAUAGAAAGUAGAAAAGAAUAAUAAAAAAUUGGAAGCUUAAAUUAAAUCAUUAAAUACUUAAAUAGAAACAAUUACUCAAAGGUGUACAUUUUUAACUGAUCAAAUAAAUCUGGAAAAAAUGAAUAGUAAAGGACUCAGUUAGCAAAUGCUCUCUUGCGAUGUGGUUGAAAUGAGUAGUUAAUUGACUCAAUUCUAAAACUAAUAAAUAUAUGAAAAAGAUAAAAAAAUUUCAGAAUUACUCAAAGAAUUAGAAUAAAAAAAUAAUGAAAUUUCAAAAUUAAAAGCAAUAAUAUCAAUUUCAAAUUUCACUUGCAGUGGAACAGAAUAAAAAUUCUAAGAAUAUGAAUAAGAAGUUGAUAAAUAGAAAUUAAAGAAGGAAAAAUUAUAAACUAGAGUUGAUAAACUUCAAUAAACAAUAGGAGCAGAAGCAUAAUUUAGAAUUGAGUUAGAACACUUAAGAGCUGAGAAUUAAAUUUUUUCAUAACUUCUAGGCUUUGCUCCUAGUUUAGAAAAUCAAGGUGAAUAUUAAUAUAAUCCUAAUUCAGUGCAGUUAAAAGUGAUAAAAAAUAUAAAAUUUCCAAUUAAACCUUAAAAUUUAACAUUUGAUUUUUGCAAAAAUUGCAAUAGAGAAUUUUAUCAAUACCGUUCAUGUUGCAAUCCAUUAUAUUCUUUGAAUGAUAAAUUAUUAUAUGUACCAGGAGAUGCAUUUAAUUUUGCUUAGGCUUUUAAGAAUAAAUAUUUGAAGACGAAAAAUGAUUUAGAAAUAGAUGAGCUAAUGGAAAUACUUUUGUUUGAGCUUAAUAAAAUUUGGUAUGAUAGAGAAUAAAAUCAUUUGCAAUUAUUGUCCAAACAUUGCAAAAGUAGGAUUUAAGAGAUAAAAAGAGCUAAUUCAUAAGAACCCCUAUCAUAAAGAGAGAUGUUACAGAAUAUAAAGAGAUUGAAAUAACAAUUAAAGGAAUUAUAAAAAGAAAAUUUAGAGCAUUUUAACUAAAAAUUUGAUAGAUUAGCCAUUUAAAUUUGA